GCCGGGCCGGGAUGGAGCCGGUGGGAGCGGGCGAGAGGGCGUGGCCCAGCUAACCUGCCCUGGUGACCUCUCGGAGUGCCCGGCCGUGCCGGUGCCGGUGCUCCUGCCCUGCCCUGGCCCCGCCGAGCCUGGUUCCCGGGAGCCAACGCGAGCCCGCCUUGGAAACCGUAGAGCGGUGCCCGCAGACGUGGUUGCACGACGUGAGUGAAGAUGCAGGCGGAUUCGGGGACAGAAAGUCCCAGAUUAGAUUCGGCUGGGCCCACCCCGUAACCCACGCAGUGGGCUGGCGGCCGACCUGCGGCCUCGGGAGUGGUGAGGGGGCAAGUGACCUCCACUGGACGUUGUGACCUGCGGAGCCCCUGUGCCACGUUCCCCUGGCUUCUCUUUCUCCCCCUGUGUAGAAUCCUUUGCCGCUGACGUUUAGACAAACUCCAGUGAAAUGACUCUUCAGGAACUGGUGCAGCAGGCUGCCUCUGCGCAUCUGGACAGAGUAGCCGUGUGCUUUGAUGAAUGCAACGGCCGGCCUCCCGUGUGCCAUUCCUACAAGACGAUGCUUAGUGCUGCCUCAGAGUUAGCCAGUUUUCUGCAGUCACACGGUGACUUACAAGGAAUUUGGGAAAUUGGUCUCUUCUGUCAACCUGGGGUAAAUGUACCCUCCUGGAUUUUAGGCAUUCUCCAAGUCCCUGCUGCUUAUGUGCCCAUUGACCCCGAGUCCCCACCGUCAUUAUCUACUCACUUCAUGAAAACAUGCAACCUGAAGUACAUUCUCAUUGAGAAAAAGCUAAUGAACAAGUUCAUGUCUUCCUAUGAAACACUUUUGAACUUUGACACAGUUUCAGUAGGACAUAUGGACCUGGCACUCUUCAGACUGCAAUGGGAAAACGUUGAGGUGAACUGGCUACUAAGUACUCGAAAAGAGAAAUCUGAAAAUGGAAAUGGAAAAAGCACCCUGAGUUCUGAAGACAGAAGUACAGAUGAGGAACACAUGGCUGUGAGGCAGAAGCCUGGCCUAGCCUAUGUUCUGCACACGUCAGGGACCACAGGGAUGCCGAAGGUUGUCAGAGUGCCGCACGCGUGCAUCCUGCCAAAUGUCCAGCAUUUUCGGAUACUUUUUGACAUCACACAAGAAGAUGUUUUGUUUCUGGCCUCACCUCUGACCUUUGAUCCAUCUGUUGUGGAAAUAUUUGUUGCACUAUCAAGUGGUGCCUGUCUGCUUAUUGUACCAACAUCUGUCAAAGUACUCCCAUCAAAAUUAGCUGCUGUUCUAUUUUCCCAUCACAAAGUGACUGUUUUACAGGCAACACCAACGCUGCUUAAGAGAUUUGGAUCUCAGCUUAUCAAGUCAGCUGUUUUAUCUGCCAGCACUUCUCUUCGAGUUUUGGCCCUGGGUGGGGAAGCCUUUCCCUCCCUGGCCAUUCUCAGAAGCUGGAGAGCAGAAGGCAAUAAAACUGUCAUCUUUAACAUCUACGGUGUCACUGAGGUAUCAAGUUGGGCGACCUUUUACAGGAUCCCAGAGGAGACUCUUAACUCUACUUUGAAAUGUGAGCUGUCUGUGCCGCUGGGGCGCCCACUGCUUGGAACUGUGGUUGAAGUCAGAGACACAAAUGGCUUCACAAUUCAAGAUGGCACUGGACAAGUAUUUUUAGGUGGUAAAAACAGAGUAUGUUUCCUUGGUGACGAAAUGAUGGUACCUCUUGGGACAAUGAGGGCCACAGGAGACUUCGUGACUCUGAAAGAUGGAGAGAUGUUUUUCCUGGGCCGGAAGGACAGUCAGAUCAAACGUCACGGGAAACGCCUGCACAUGAAACUUGUGCAGCAGGUUGCUGAAGAGCUUCAGCAGGUGGACUCCUGUGCAAUCACAUGGUACAAUCAGGAAACAUUAAUUCUCUUCAUUGUACCCAAAGAUGGUUUAGUAAAGGAUUGCCUCUUUAAAGAAUUGCAGAAGCAUCUUCCAGAUCACGCUGUCCCUGAUGAAAUUGUGCUGAUUGAGACUCUGCCACUCACACCCCAUGGCAAAGUUGAUGUUUCUGAGUUAAACAGGAUAUAUUUAGACUACCAGAACUCAAAGCCUAAGAACAAACUCCACGGAAAAGAGGAACUUUGGGGAAAAUUACAGUAUUUAUGGAAGACCAUUCUAAGUCUCCCAGAAGAUACUGUGACGGUUCCUGACGAGUCACUUUUCUUGAGUAGUGGUGGAGAUUCCUUCAAGGCCACUUGGCUCUUCAAUGAGAUUGAAAAGCUCAUUGGGACCUCCAUACCUGGGCUUCUGGAAGCUAUUCUCAGCACUUCCAUUUUAGAAGUUUACAGUCACAUCAUUGCCACGGUGUUCACGGAUGAGGACCUGGCAUUCACUGAGAGUUGUGCCACCAAAAGGAUGUGCCACAGUGCUGAUCACUAUGAAGCCAGUGGAUGGCCUUCACAGAAGUCUGCUGCGCCUCUAAAUGACACCAGUGACGUUGGAGCCUCCAUUGCAGUGAGCAGAGGGAGUCACGUCUCCUCAUUGAGUGCAGGGCAUGAUCCUUUAGCACAUGCUUCUGACUUGACGUCACAGAUUGACACUCACACAUUGAAAACCAUAAGUCCUCCGGCUCUUACUGGAAAGCCAAAGGAGCCAUGCCAUGUCACAGACAUUGGUGAUGAGCAGAAAGCCAUGGAAGGGGGUGAGAGGCUGGCAUUGCGGGUGAGGUGGAGGUCAGACACAGGCCGGUGUGUGGACGCUUCCCCUCUGCUUGUGGUCUGUGCCGAGGACAAGUCACCCACAACCGUGUAUGUUGGCUCCCAUUCGCACACGCUGAAGGCUAUUGACCUUCGCUCUGGGAAGACGAGAUGGGAGCAGGUCUUGGGAGGUCGUAUUGAGUCCUCAGCGUGCGUCUCUAAGUGUGGGAACCUCGUUGUGGUGGGCUGUUAUGAUGGAGGGGUGUAUGUUCUGAGAAGUAACACUGGAGAGAAACACUGGGCGUUUACUACCAAGGAUGCUGUCAAGAGCUCCCCAACUGUGGAUGCAGGCACAGGACUUCUUUACAUUGGCUCUCAUGAUCGGCAUGCAUACGCUCUGGAUAUUUACAAGAAGAAGUGUGUCUGGAAGGCAGAGUGUGGCGGAGCCGUCUUUUCCUCUCCUUGCCUGAGCCUGGUCCCACAUCAUUUGUACUGUGCCACACUGGGAGGACUUCUGCUGGCUCUGAACCCUGCUACUGGGAACACAGUUUGGAAACAUGCCUGUGGAAAACCACUCUUCUCUUCCCCUCGGUGUUGCCAGCAGUAUGUUUGCAUUGGCUGCGUAGAUGGCAGUUUACUCUGUUUCUCUCACUUAGGAGAGCAGGUUUGGCAGUUCACUGCUGGUGGACCAAUUUUCUCAUCCCCGUGCAUCUCAGCGUUGGAACAGGAACUGUUCUUUGGUUCCCAUGACUGCUUUAUCUACUGCUGUAGCAUGGAAGGCCGCCUCCGGUGGAAAUUUGAAACGACGGCCAGGGUGUACGCAACCCCGUUCGCCUUCCGCCGUCACAGCGGCCGUAGCGAGGCCUUGCUGGCAGCAGCGUCUACUGACGGCAAACUGUGGAUCUUGGAGUCUCAGAGUGGACAGCUGCGAAGCGUGUAUGAACUUCCUGGAGAAGUCUUCUCCUCUCCUGUGGUCUGGGAGUCAAUGGUCAUCAUUGGGUGUAGAAAUAAUUACGUUUAUUGUCUGGAUUUAUUGGAUGGCAAUCAAAACUAGUGAAAUAUGAUCUCUAUAAGUAUGUACGUAUGAGACAUUUGAAGAUGUUUUAUCACUAUAAAAUCACAUGGAGAGUUUUAUA